AUGUCCAAAUUCUAUGAACUAGCACCAGCUGAUAAAUCAGGUGAACCAUUCCCUUUCAAACAAUUGGAAGGCAAAGUUGUCAUUAUUGUUAAUGUUGCAUCAAAAUGUGGAUUCACACCACAAUAUAAAGAAUUGGAAGAAUUAUAUAAAGAUUAUAAAGAUCAAGGUUUAGUCAUUUUGGGGUUCCCUUGUAAUCAAUUUGGUCAUCAAGAAGCUGGUACACAAGAAGAGAUCCAAUCAUUUUGUCAAUUGAAUUAUGGUGUUACAUUCCCAAUUUUGAAAAAAAUUGAAGUUAAUGGUGUUAAUGCUGAUCCUGUUUAUAAUUAUUUGAAGAAUGAAAAAGCUGGGUUGUUAGGUUUCAGAGGGAUUAAAUGGAAUUUUGAAAAAUUUAUUAUUGAUAAAAAAGGUCAAGUUUAUGAACGUUAUUCAUCUUUAACAAAACCUUCAAGUUUGAAAGAAACUGUUGAGAAAUUAUUAAAGGAUUGA